AAGGGUGCUCUCUAUAGCUUUUUUAAUAAACAGGUCUGGAGAUCCCUUGAAGCUGUUAUGCCCACAGCAUUUCUUUGCCUCUUUUCACCUUGAUAAGCUGCUGGAUUCUGGAAAGCUCCUCGGGCUGUUCAAUUAACAAAAGAUUUUGAGUGCUGAGGAGAUAAUGAUGAAUAGCAUAAGGACAAACAGCCUGGGACAUCUAUUCAAGCAGUUGAAAACUGUCUGGAGUUCACCUACAGCACCAGCAAGGAGCUGCAGCUUGGCUACCUGCACUCCCAAAAACAGGAAUGAUGCAUUGCAUCCGCUUUGGCAGAGCCCGCUUACAAUUCCCGGGGGCAGUCGGCAGUCUCCUAUCAACAUCCAGUGGAGAGACAGCGUCUACGACCCCGUCCUAAAGCCUCUGAAGAUCAGCUACGACCCAACAACGUGCCUUCAUAUCUGGAACAACGGGUAUUCCUUCCUGGUGGAGUUUGAUGAUUCUGCUGAUAGAUCGAUCAUCGUUGGAGGUCCCUUGGAAAACCAAUACAGGUUGAAGCAGUUCCACUUCCAUUGGGGAGCCAUCAACGAGUGGGGAUCAGAACACACAGUCGACUGUAAAUUCUACCCAGCAGAGCUGCAUUUAGUACAUUGGAAUGCUGUGGCGUACCCAACUUUUGAAGAAGCUGUGAUGGAAGGUGAUGGCUUGGCUGUGAUUGGAGUGUUUUUAAAGCUAGGAGCGCAUCAUGAAGGUCUGCAGACAUUGGUAGAUGCUUUGCCAGCAAUAAAACACAAGGACACUGUUAUUGAGUUUGAUGUCUUUGACCCCUCCUGCCUGAUACCUCAGUGCCCUGAUUACUGGACGUACGCAGGCUCUUUGACCACCCCCCCACUUACUGAAUCAGUCACGUGGAUUAUUAAGAAGCAGCCAAUAGAGGUCGAUGAGAAUCAGCUGGAGGCGUUUCGGAUGCUGCUUUUUACUUCAGAUGGUGAAGAAGAAAAGAGGAUGGUGGACAACUUUCGCCCUCUCCAGCCCUUAAUGAACAGAACCGUCCGCUCUUCCUUCCAGAGCAGGCAUCUCUUGGAUAUUGAAGCACAAUACUCAGACCAUGCUCAGCAGAUCAGGCCGUAGAUGGCCCAUGGAACGUCAGUCCAGAUUGUAGUAAUGGGGUUUCCUUUACUCUGUAAUGAUUUCUCCUUUUUUGCAGGAUGUUUAUGCCAUGCAGUUUCAUAGAUGGCUGGUUUCAGUUCUAAGAGUCAAUUGAGCUUUGGUAGAGAGGCUGUGUGUAUUCUAACCUUUGGGGUUUUUUUAAUACAAACUCUUAACAAAUUGCUCAGUUAAAAGCAGGGAUCAGUAAGGAGUUGUUCUGAAAGGGAAAGCAGGGCAGAUCUUUCCUCUUUCUAUCUUCGGUAUAUCUUCAAAACUCCUCCAGUGAUUUGCUGGAAUUAACAGUCACAAGAUGUUAACAAGCAGGAGGUGUGAGGAAGUGAAGUCUAUGAAGGUCCUUUGUGGAAUUGCUUUGGAGGUUUGGGGCCAGAACUGCCUUCUGCAAUCACAUCUGUAGAGAUGUUUCAACUUUGUCCUUGCUUUCAAAGCAACAAAUAGUGCCUAGGAUGACAAGAAGAAAUGCCUUGCCUGUGUGACCCAUGUUUAUAGUGGAUCAUACAGUAUGUCUGCCUCAUCUAUGCUGCAAACCAGAAGGCUUUCCAAAACCUUGCUGGCAAUUUAGAUUGGGAUUUGUGGACAGUUUUGCUUUUGGAACGUAAUGGGAUAGUAGAUGAGUGUGGACAAAACACAGCCAUCAGGUACCUGUAAGAUCUAUUUUUCCAGAGCAUCAGCACCAUCUUCCCAUUGUUAAGCUGAACUUCUAUUCUUGAGUUACCCACCCUCGUGGUUACUGGGGACCAUGAUAUUCUAUAUAGCACCUUAUGGUAACAAAGACCAGUGAUGGUUGGUUGUGGACCAAGCUAAACUGUUUAAGUUACGAGCUGUGGAGCCUUAUACUAAAGUUACGGUCCAGUUGCCACAAACAGUGCCUACCUCUGUAGCAUGCUACUAACCAUAGCUUUCUAUAGUGCACCUUUCUGAAUGACUUUUUAUGCUUUGCUGUAUAUAAGUGUGUGUAUGUGUUAGCUCCCAUACAGAACAUGUGAGCUCAUCUUCUGAGGAGGAGCAGUUCUGGUUGUACACUCAUGAAACAAUCUUCAUAGAAUGGCUUGGGUUGGAAGGAGCCUUAAGGAUCAUGAAGCUCCAACCCCCCUGCUGCACACAGGGCUGCCAACAUCCCUAUCUGAUACCAGACCAGGCUGCCUGAUCCUGAUUGAUUGUAUUUCAUGUAUAUUUUUGGAGCCCACGUUUCUGGAUCCUCUGUCUAUUGUUGCUGGUGUCCUUCAGUACUAAUGAUACCAGGAGGACCAACUUGUCAAUGACAAAUUCACAUCUUUGGAAUCAAUACUUUCCCAUUCCAAGUGUUCACUUUAAAAGCACUGUAACACUUUAUAGCAUGACCCUAACGAUUUUAAAUCAAUCCGAAUAUUUUUGCUUAACCAAUUAAAUUUGUGCCUUAGGUUCCUUAAUGGCUCUACCUCAGACUACACUGUAAACCUAAGAAAAUCUCCAUUGGCUUCUGCUCCCUGUGUGAUGUAUGUACAUCUUUGUAAUAUAACCCAAACAAAGCAUUUAAAAUUGCCGCCUUAUAAAUAAGGAGGUGGGUAUGGCAAGGAGUGCUGAAAUAGGCUCUGUGAGAUCAGGGAGAAGCCAACUGUUUGAUUUACUGAUGGAGGAAAACUGUUAGGAUUAGAGGGAACAGCUUGGCUUAAUUUGGGUCUGUUUGAAUUACCAGCUGUAAAGAGCAAUGGGAAAUUAACCUGCUUACAGGUAGUAUAUCUGAAUUGCUGUAUGAGCUCUAGUUAGGAAACACCUUGUGGUAAAACAAGCAAACUCUUGCUAUAGUAAGUGAAUGGGCCUUUAGAAAAGCUUCAUGCAACUGCUCAGAGUAUUUUAGUUGCCUCGGUACACAGAACCUUAGGGUAAGUUACCUCUGCUCUAAGCUCAGUUCACCAACCAAUGUUGUUUCCCUGGCAAAUGCAACAUGCAUGUUUUGUUCUUAGGGGAUUGCUGUGGUGUUGAUGUUUUACCUUCUACAUCCAAUCGUAUUUACAUAUCCUGACAUCAAACCUAUUUCAGCGCUGAGUUUCAUGUAUGUAUACAUAUAUAUACACAUCUGUGUGUAAACAGGGUCAGAAAAGGAAUAAAUGAACUGGAGUGUGCUUAAAACAAAUAAGCUUUACAGGGAUUUGCUGUUCCAGUUGUGCUGCUUUCAAGAUACCUGCUCCAUGUCCAUGUCUCAGCAUCUCUGGUUCCAAUGGACAGUAUCCCAAUUGCAGGGCAGGCUCUGGUUGGAAUUAAUGGGCUGGAAAUGCGAGUGGGUCUUAUUUUUAGGGAUUUUUUGUUGUAUUUUGUUGGGUUCUUGGUUAAUUUAGUGAAUGCAAUGACUUUGCACAGCUGACUCAGACUGUACGUGGAAGGUGUCUGCAUAGGGAUUUUUAGGCGAUACAAUAGAGAAGGGUCAGAACAGACAAUGUUUGUCCUUGUGCCUAAUUGCUUCUGUUAAUUAAUACUGCUCUGAGGGACAUUCCAGUGGCAGUUGGUGCUAUGGGUGGAGUGCUGUAGUGGAACUCAUUUUGAGGACAGCUUCAUGAAGUGAGAGUAGAAGUUCUCAAGUGCGUAUUGCAAUACGUGUUGUGCCUAAUCUUACUGAAAUGAUUGCCUUUGUAGACAACGUAUGUAGCAAGAAGUGCCUUUUGUACCCCUAGCAUGCAGACAUUUCUUUAUGGUUUUGAUGUAAAGAAACUUCUAGCUACUGUAUUUUUAGUGUGCAACCAUGCAAUAAAAAAGCACAGCAACCCG